AUGGGAUUCCCACCAUUAAAACAAAGCCAAUUUCCGACACGCGCCACUCCCGACCCGGCCGCCCGCCACAGGCUGUCACGCGUUGACACGACAGGCCUGUCAUCGUUUAACGCCCAUCUCUAUAGAUCGGCGGUUGAGUUGGAACGUUGCGAAGCGAUAGUCUCAGGUACCUACAUGUCAGGAGUCUUUGGAGAUCACGUACCGUGUCCAAAUAUCAACCGAGGGAUUAUCGGAUGGGAUGCAUCCUCCUCGGCAAACACCGGUGCGUGGGGCGAAAUCGAUUACGCGGAGUGCCCCCUGCCCCUCCCCUUCCCCUUCCCUCCCCCCCUCCCCCAAUCCCGCCGUCAUUACGAUUACGCACCG